AUGACAGACAAGCUCCCACCAUUGCAGACGCCUUUCGCGCCUCCUAAUCAGACUUCACCAGCUUCGUUUUUGCCUCCAGCAGCCGCUGCGGUGCGAGAUGAUCUGCCGAGGCCGGAGCCUGUCGAGGAAGAGCCAUACACAAUAAAGUGUGUGUGCAAUUAUCCAGACGAUGAUGGUAAUACUAUCUUCUGCGAGUCAUGCGAAACGUGGCAGCAUAUCGAGUGCUACUAUCCCGAUAAGGUCGAGGAUGUCUCUGCUGCCGACUUCCCGCAUUCUUGCGUGGACUGUGAUCCACGGAGCAUCGAUUCACAGCAGGCACAUGAACGUCAGCGAGCCAGGAUAGCAGGCCCCCUGGCGGCAGAGCCGUCGGAUAAGAAGCCGAAGCGCCCUCCCACCAAGAGCCACAAGAAGAAGCCAAAGCCAACAGAUCUCCAGAUCAACGGACAUGGCCACCACAGCAUAGAACAUGCGACAAAACAUCCCGCUCCACACGACAACCGCCAGCCUAACAAGAAGACGAAGGGCUCACACAAGUCCAGUCAGUCGAUCAGCGCGCUGGGCCCGAAACGAAGUCCUUCCUAUGGCAAUGCCAAAGCAGCGCACUCGCACCCUUUGAGUCCUGCCACCACCCCUCCCGAUCUUCCCGACGACUUUGAGAUACACACCUACUCCCAAACCUUCCAGCUGCUCUGCAAUGAGCAACCGUCUGUUCGGAAUGUCAAGGUCAACAGUUUUGCCGGACUGUCAGUCUCCAACACGAUGACGAGUUGGCUGCGCAAUCCGGAAAAGAUGAAGAAAGAAACAGGCCUGUCAGGCAAAGAUGUAUUUUCGAAGCUUCCUGACAAUGCCAGCUCGCUCAGGGGCAAGGUCGAGGUCCAACAAACCAGGAAAAAUGUCGCGCCGGGGACAGUGUUGCAGUGGCAUGAUCUCCGAGCGACAUCGACAAUCGAAAAGGACUCGCUGCUUAUGGAGGUUAAUGGUCACAUUGGCUUCCAAACCGAGUACUGUGCCGAACUAGAGAAUCGAUGGGACGACCUCACCACCCCGCUCCCUUUUGUACUCUUUCACCCUCUCCUCCCCCUUUAUAUCGAUACCCGAAGAGAGGGUUCCGAGGCCCGCUUUGUCAGGCGCAGUUGCAGGCCAAAUGCCGCCCUUGACACGUUUCUUUCCGACGAAGGCGAAUAUCACUUCUGGCUCGUGAGCGAGCGAGACAUUGCACCCAGAGAACAAAUCACGAUAGCAUGGGACUUUAGGUUCCCCACCGCCCAGAAGGCGAGGAUGCUCCGAAUUCUUGGUCUAGGCGACGAGGUGACGGGUGCCCAGUCUGAAGUCGCCGCCGAUGAGGAAGAGUAUCUAAAGCUCGCCAACUGGGUGUCGAUCGUGCUUUCGGAAUUUGGAGGGUGUGCUUGUGAUCUAGGACCCGAGUGCGCGUUUGCCUUGUUUCACAGAAAACACCUAAACAAGACACAACCAAAAAGGACCAAGAAGCGCAAGCCGAAAGCUCAGCAUGCGAUCUCGCCCAGCAGCACAGGACAUGCCACCAACAGCCGAGCUCCUAGUGAGGGCCACUUGGAUGAUGCUCCUGAGCACGAGCAUAGGUCGAUAUCUGGCUCCUCCCGCAGCAAACCACCGAGUCGCGACAUGACGCCAACAGCGCGUCAAGGUUCAUUCGAUACCCUUGGGAUACUUACCGAGCCGACGGACCGCGACAAGCGAAAGGUUGCCAUGGUGGAAGACUCGUUCCGCCGCAUGGAGCAGCAGCAACCGCCCCGUAAGAAGAAGCGGGUAUCAGAUGGGACUACCGCACCCCAUUCAAGGGCUUCCAAAGCCAAGUUGACUGCGCAAACAUCAAACGUAUCAAAUGGUUUAUCCGACCGCCUCUAUGCCGACGCUGGUACGGGUACCUCUGUCCGAAGCAAAUCCGGGUCGCCCACUUCCCCUCAUACCAUCCCACCGCAUGGUCGUCACACGAAAAAGACAGCCUCUAGAAAAGGCUCAGUCGCUGCUGCCCCUCCUCGUCCGGUACCGACUGCCGAUCCACCAGUAUACGUCGACGCUGCCGUCCAGACGGAUCCUGAGCGAGAAACAGCGACGCCUCAGCGGAGGGUGGGAUGUGCUUUGAGGAAAAGAGCUUUGGAUAACCGUCGCCAGCUCCGUGCCGAGGAGGAAGAAAGGAGAAAACGAAGAGCGAUUGACCAUGCCGGUUCCAUCUCAGGGGCCGAUGCUUCGCCCGGUCAAGGAUUAUCCUUAUCAUCUCCGGUUUCAUCCAAGGGACCCGACAGCAGCCCAGCGACAGUUGUCAGCUCCAAGGAUGUGGCCAUGACGGAUGCCCCAUCAACUACAAAACCGGUCGUUAGCCCAUUGUCGAUGGCGUCGAUGAAGCACAAAUCGCCCGAUCUCCGAGUGCAAAUGCCUCCAGUCCCUGCGUUUGGCAGCCCGGUUUCUGGCUCUUUAUCCGCCGGCACCCCGUUAUCUGCUGGCGGGUCGGUCAUGCAGUCACCUUUCUCUGUCAACGGAUUUCCAAGUCCAUUUGGUCCACCAUCAGUCAACGGCAUAGCGCCCGCCCCUAGUCCGGUGAAGAAGAAGAUGAGCCUAAGCGACUACAAGCGGAGGAUAAACGAAGGCCGACCAUCGGCCGCGACAAGCCUCAGGCCUCCCUCCACGACUACAGAGGAGCCCAAGUCUGCGCCAGCGGAGGGUUCCACGCCGCCAACAUCAGCUGUGACGGGCAGUGCAACGACUUCGACGACCGCGCCCAAGACCGGUGGGAACGACAACCAAAGUACCGACUCAGUUGCCCCGUCCUCCACUGCAAAGGAUUGA